GCAGAACGACCUCGGCCGGCGGGGAUCAAGGCUCUCGAGAGCCCCGGGAACUGGCAGGUCCGCCCGUGGACCAAGACAAGCUGGCAUUCGCGGGAGUCGGGCACAGCUGACCACUAGCGACCCGCAGCUAGCGGCGAUGGUGACUGGCUUGAGUCUCCUGCUGCGCGCCCUGCCGCUGGUGUUGUGGGGCUGCCGGGAUGCACAGCCCGCCCGGCUAGGAUACCCGGAGCUGCGCCAGGAGGCGGAGGCAUUCCUGGAGAAGUACGGAUACUUCAGCGAGCAGGGCUCCAAAGCUGUGGCCUCUACUCAGUUCAGCAAUGCCAUCAGAGAGUUCCAGUGGGUGUCGCAGCUGCCCAUCAGUGGUGUGCUGGACCAGGCCACACUGCGUCAGAUGACACGUCCGCGCUGCGGGGUUGCAGACACUGACAGUCAUGCAGCUUGGGCAGAGAGGAUCAGUGCCCUGUUUGCUGGGCACCGGGCCCAAAUGAGACGUAAGAAACGCUUUGCAAAGCCAGGUCACAAGUGGUACAAGCAGCAUCUCUCCUACCGCCUGGUGAACUGGCCUGAGCGCCUGCCCGAGCCAGCUGUGCGAGGGGCCGUGCGAGCUGCCUUCCAGUUGUGGAGCAACGUGUCAGCGCUGGAGUUCUGGGAGGCCCCGGCCACGGGCCCUGCAGACAUCCGCCUCACCUUCUUCCAAGGGGACCACAAUGAUGGGCUGGCCAAUGCCUUCGAUGGCCCAGGGGGCGCCCUGGCCCACGCCUUUCUGCCCCGCCGGGGCGAAGCACAUUUCGACAGGGAUGAGCGCUGGACUCUGAGCCGCCGCCGCGGGCGCAACCUGUUCGUCGUGCUCGCGCACGAGAUUGGCCACACGCUCGGCCUCGCGCACUCGCCCGCGCCACGCGCGCUCAUGGCUCCCUACUACAAGAAGCUGGGCCGCGACGCCCUGCUCAGCUGGGACGACGUGCUAGCAGUGCAGAACCUAUAUGGAAAGCCUCUGGGUCGCUCAGUGGCCACUCAACUCCCGGGAAAGCGAUUCACUGACUUUGAGGCCUGGGACCCUCACAGUUCCCAGAGGAUACGCCCAGAAACCAGAGGUCCUAAAUACUGCCAUUCUUCCUUUGAUGCCAUCACUGUAGACGGGCAAUGGCGGCUGCACGUCUUCAAAGGGAGCCACGUCUGGGAAGUCACGGCGGACGGCAAUGUUUCAGAGCCCCGUGCGCUACAGAAAAGGUGGCCUGGGCUGCCCCCCAAUAUUGAGGCUGCUGCAGUGUCCCUGGAAGAUGGAGACUUCUACUUCUUCAAAGGGAGUCGAUGUUGGAGGUUCCAGGGCACGAAAUCUGUAGGGGGUAACUCACAGCUGUGCCGGGCUAGAGGUCUGCCUCGUCACCCGGACGCAGCUCUCUUCUUCCCGCCUUUGCGCCGCCUUAUCCUCUUCAAGGGCGCCCGCUACUACGUGCUGGCUCGAGGGGAGAUGCAAGUGGAGCCCUACUAUCCCCGCAGCCUGAGAGACUGGGCCGGGGUCCCUGAGGAGGUCAGUGGCGCCCUGCCAAGGCCGGAUGGCUCCGUCGUCUUCUUCAGAGAUGACCACUACUGGCACCUAGAUCAAGCCAAACUGCGGGUAACCAGCUCUGGCCGCUGGGCCACAGAGCUGCCCUGGAUGGGCUGUUGGAAUGCCAACUCAGGAGGUGCCCUCUUCUGAAGGCUCCCGGUACAGAACGAA